GACCCCCGGUGACCCUUGGCUGACCCUUGGCUGACCCGGGAUGGGCGACAGCGACGAUGAGUACGACCGGCGGCGACGGGACAAAUUCCGGCGGGAGCGGAGCGACUACGAACGGACCCGGGACAGGGAGGAGAGACGGCGGGAGGAGUGGAGUGACCGGGACUGGGAGCGGGGCCGGGAGCGGCGCAGUCGGGACUAUCGGGACUACGAGCGGAGCCGGCGGGAGCGAUUCUCCCCACCCCGGCACGAGCUGAGCCCGCCCCAGAAACGGCUGAGACGGGACUGGGAUGACCACGCUGACCCGUACCACGCCGGUUACGAGCUGCCCUACGGGGGUGGGGGAGGGGCCGGCCCCACCUACGGCCCCCCCCAGGCGCCGUGGGGCCCCCACGAGGUGCAGCACCAACUGCUGCAGCACCAGCUGCUGCCCAUCCAGGCCAGGCUGGGCAGCAUCGCGGAGGUGGAGCUGGGCGCGGCGCCGCCGGUGCUGAAGAGCUUCAAGGAGUUCCUGCUGUCGCUGGACGACGCCGUGGACGAGACGGAGGCGGUCAAGCGCUACAACGACUACAAGCUGGACUUCCGGCGGCAGCAGCUGCAGGACUUCUUCCUGGCCCACAAGGACGAGGAGUGGUUCCGCUCCAAGUACCACCCGGACGAGGCGGGGAAGCGGCAGCAGGAGGCGCAGGCGGCGCUCAGGAACCGCCUGAGCGUCUUCCUCUACCUGUGGGAGCACGGCUGGUUCGACAACCUGCUGCUGGACAUCGAGCGCGCGCCGCAGAUCGUCAAAACGCUGGACGCAGCCGUGAUUAAGAUGGAGGGGGGCACGGAGCACGACCUGCGCAUCCUGGAGCAGGAGGAGGAGGAGGAGCGGGCGGAGAAGGCCGAAGGCCCCAAGAAGGAGGAGCCGCGGCCGCCGGAGCCGCCCGGGAAGGCUCGGCCGAGCCCCGACGGCGACGGCGGCGCCAAGGCCGAAGGGGCGGAGGGGGCGGAGCCUGCGGCGGGGGCGGGGCCAGAGGAGGAGGGGGCGGGGCCAGACAAGGCGCCCAAAACUGAGGACGGCGACAAGGAGGGCGGGGCCAAGGCGCGGCCGCGCCAGCGCAGCCGGGACAGCGAGGAGGGGGACAGCGACAGCGGGGACAGCGAGGGGGGGGCGCGGAGACCCCCCGGCAAGGACGAGGAGCCGAAGGAGGACAAAGGCGCCGGGGGGGCGCCGGGGCCGGGACCCCUCCCCUUGGGGACGCCCCCUCCCCCCAAGGGCCGGGAGGGGGUCCCGGGGGGGUCCCCGAGGCGCGGCCGGGCGCUGCACAAAACCUGCUCCCUGUUCAUGCGCAACAUCGCGCCCAACAUCGCCCAGGCCGAGAUCGUGGCGCUGUGCAAGCGCUACCCCGGGUUCAUGCGCGUGGCGCUGUCCGAGCCCCAGCCCGAGAGGAGAUUCUUCAGGAGGGGGUGGGUGACCUUCGACCGCAGCGUGAACAUCAAGGAGAUCUGCUGGAGCCUGCAGAACAUCCGGCUGCGCGAGUGCGAGCUGAGCCCCGGCGUGAACCGGGACCUGACGCGGCGCGUGCGGAACGUCUCGGGGCUGACGCAGCACCGGCCGGUCGUGCGCCACGACAUCAAGCUGGCCGCGCGCCUGGUGCAGGCGCUGGACGCCCGCGCCCGCCUCUGGAGCCCCCCGGGCACCGCUGGGGACGGGACCCCCGGGGAUGGAACCGGGGAUGGGACCCCCGGGGACGGGACCGGGACGGCCGAACCGCCGCCGCCCGCGCAGCCCGGGGCGCAGAACCCGGUGCUGCGGCACAUCACCGAUUACCUGAUCGAGGAGGUCAGCGCUGAGGAGGAGGAGCUGCUGGGACAGGGACAGGGACAGGGACAGGGACAAGGACAAGGACAGGGACAGGGACAGGGACAGGGACAGGGCGUGGCCACGGCCGAGGACGGCGCCCGCGAGACCAACCCGGCCGAGGUCACCGUGGAGCGCGACGAGAAGCUGCUCAAGGUUCUGGACCGGCUCCUGCUGUACCUGCGCAUCGUUCACUCGGUCGAUUACUACAACACCUCCGAGUACCCCAACGAGGACGAGAUGCCGAAUCGCUGCGGGAUCAUCCACGUGCGGGGCCCGCUGCCGCCCAACCGCGUGUCCCACGGCGAGGUUUCGGAGUGGCAGCGCGCCUUUGCCGCCCGCCUGGCCCCGCUGCUGGCCGGCCCCGGGGCUGUGCCCGAGGAGGAGGCGCAGAGACUCGGCCGGAAGGACCCCGAGCAGGAGCUGGAGAAGUUCGUCAGCGCCAACACCCAGGAGCUGGGCAAGGACAAGUGGCUGUGUCCCCUCAGCGGCAAAAAGUUCAAGGGCCCCGAGUUCGUGCGCAAGCACAUCUUUAACAAGCACGGGGACAAGAUGGGCGCCGUGCGCAAGGAGGUUUUGUUCUUCAACAACUUCCUGAUGGACCCGAAACGGCCAUCGCUGCCCGAGGGGGGCAAGGGACCGCCAGGGCUGACCCCGGGGGCGCUGCCCUACCCCCCCCAGUCCCCCCAGGGGCUGCUGCCCUACGGGAGCCCCCGACCCCCCAUGAUGGGCUACGGAGGAUCCCACCCGUACCCCCCCGGGCCCUACGGGGGCCGCGGCAGCUACGAAACCUUCCGGGGGCAGGGGGGGGCCGGGGGGGGGUACCUGAACAAACCCCGCAGCAGGCUGGUCCGGGGGGACCCCCGCGCCAUCGUCGAGUACCGGGACCUGGACGCCCCCGAGGACGUGGAUUUCUUCUGACCCUCCCCCCCCGCGGCCCCGCCCCCUUUGUACGGCCCCGCCCCCCAAUUUCAAUAAAGCGGCUCCGCCCACCCCAAAA